AUGAUAGUCCAAUAUGUCUAUCAGAAGGAAAAAAUCGAAGUUCCGGAAUAUGAAGACAAAGCAGUUUUCCACAUGUAUGGUAGUCCGAAGGAGGUGCAUGAUGAUCCGGCUAUCUUUACCACAGUUGCUCGCAUUCCGGAUGCGAUGCUCAAGAAGGUGGAUCCCACGAAUAAUGUCUUGGUGUCAUAUUUGCAAUCUAUUGACACAACCGUUGUUACCGGGAUGUUACAACAAGAAGAGAAGAAGAAGUCGAAGAAAUCAAAGAAGACAGAGGAAGAAGUGGAACAAGUUCCUGAGACUCCUGAAGAUGAAAUUCCUAAAGAAGUAGAGACUCUUCAGUCUACUGAAAUUUCGAAGCGUGAUGAUAUAAAGCUCAUUGAAUCAACAUCUUUACCUCAGGUUACUUCCACAACUGAUUCUCCAACAUUCCAAUCUAUUAUGGAUCAACCUUUCACCACUAUAUUCUCAACACAAUCAACCGAUCCACCAAAUUCAUCAUCACCUGUUGCUGAAACCAUGGCUGUUGAUGAAGAAACUGAUAACGAAGGAUUUGGAGGAACAUUCGAAGCUCUUUCCUUUGAUAAAGCUGAAGAAGAUUUCCCUGACCAUAUGCUAAUGACGAUGAAGCAGUUCAAGAUAUUGAAUUCAAAAUUAAAUUCUAUCUUGCAAUCUCAAGCGGAUGUGGGAAGUGCUGAAAUCACUAUCAUGGAAGUUGAUUCCAUAAUGAAGGAAAUGGAAAGCAGGAUGAUUUCGAAGGCAUCAGGGUUAAUACACUUUUUGUAUGCAUUGAAGCAGAUUGAAGAAGCCGGUCGUCUUGCUUCUUUACUAAAGAAGAGAGAAUUGAAGGCGGCCGGAAUUUAUGAUUAUAGGAAAAGGAAGAAUUUCUUCUGCAAUGCUGAGAUCCCCUUUGAAAUCAGGCCGCCAAUUGGCUUUUAUGAUAUCGCUGAUGAAAGUUCAAUAGUUGAGCAACCUAAAUUCCUAACCACCAUCGAGGAAAUGGAAGGUGAAAGAAGGGCCGAUAGAGAGGCCCGUUUGAGAAAGCAGGACAUUGCGAAGAACAAAAUAGCAUGGAGAAGUUCUACCCCACAUGCUCUCCUUUUCGAUUCUACCCAGAAACCAUGUCAGGAAUGA